AUGGGUAAUGAAGACAUCAACACCAUGAAAAAUGGAUUUAUAGUGGUGCCGUUCAGAUUACCAGACCACAAGGCAUUACCCAAAAGUAAAGAAGCUUCAUUGCAUUAUAUGUUUGCCAGAAGACAUCAAAGCUCGAACGCCAAUGAAUCGGAUUGUUUGUUUUUGGUCAAUCUACCAUUAUUAUCCAACAUAGAGCACAUGAAAAAAUUUGUUGGACAGCUUUGCGAGAAAUACGAUACAGUAUCACAUGUGGAGGAAUUACUAUACAACGAUGAGUUUGGUUUACACGAAGUGGACUUAUCCGCGUUGACCUCUGACUUGAUGUCUACUGCUGACGUUAACGAGAAAAGAUACACACCAAGAAAUACAGCUCUAUUGAAAUUUGUCGAUGACGCAAGUAUAAAUAAUUGUUGGAAUGCUCUAAGGAAAUAUUCCAAUUUGCAUGCUAAACACCCAAAGGAACUGUUUGAGUGGACAUAUACCACCCCAUCUUUCACCACUUUCAUUAAUUUCUACAAACCACUAGAUAUCGAUUACUUGAAAGAAGACAUUCACACGCAUAUGAUGGUGUUUGAACAGCGUGAAGCUCAAGCACAAGAGGACGUUCAAAGCUCUAUAGUGGAUGAGGAUGGGUUCACACUAGUUGUGGGAAAGAACACCAAGUCGUUGAAUUCGAUAAGAAAGAAAAUUCUGAACAAGAAUCCAUUAUCUAAACAUGAAAACAAGGCUAAGCCAGUUUCCAAUAUUGACAAGAAGGCAAAGCAAGAUUUCUACAGGUUCCAAGUCAGAGAGCGUAAAAAGCAGGAGAUCAACCAGUUGUUAAGCAAAUUCAAGGAAGACCAAGAAAGAAUCAAGGUAAUGAAAGCCAAGAGAAAAUUCAAUCCAUACACUUAA